UGGUUACUGGUUUUAGUCGUUUAAUUGUGUCAUUUGUUUCAGUGCGUCAUACUUUUGUUUAUUAUGGUUAUUACAAACUCUAUUGUUCCCUAUUACAACUCCCUUAAAGUUACACAAAGAGACUGUUGACAAAUUUCGUGAUUUCAUGUAAAUGUAGGUGUAUUAAUUAAAUGGUGAUUAAGCAUUAAGGAAGGACUGGAGGAGCAAUGCAUCGCCGUCGUCCACAUCAUAGUAAUUUUAGCUAUGUCAGCUCCUGUGUGAAGUAUCUAAUUUUUAUUCUCAACUUUAUUUUUUGGUUAUUUGGAGGAUUAUUAAUAGGAAUUGGCUUGUACGCCUUUGUUGAUAAGUGGCAGUUAACAGGAUGGGUAAAGCUAGAAAAUAUUUACGAUGUUAUUUUAAAUAUCUCGCUGGUAAUGGUAAUGAUGGGAGGCGUAGUCUUUGUUGUUAGCUUUGCGGGAUGUGUAGGUGCCCUUCGUGAAAACACAUGUCUCCUGAAGUUUUAUUCCUUAUGUUUGCUCAUCUUCUUUUUAUUAGAAAUGGCUGUUGCCAUUAUCGGCUUUGUUUUUCCUCAUACAAUGCAGUCCAUGUUAGAAGAAAAUUUUACAGACAAAAUAAUUCACACAUAUCGAGAUGAUCCUGAUUUACAAAAUUUUGUAGAUUUUGCUCAACAGGAGUUUCGUUGCUGUGGUCUCAGCUCGGAAGGAUAUAAAGAUUGGGCCAAAAAUGAGUACUUCAAUUGUUCAUCGCCAAGCGGUGAAAGAUGCGGUGUUCCGUACUCUUGUUGCAUGAAUGCAACCAGUAUUAGUUCGGGACUUGUUAACAUUAUGUGUGGAUAUGGAGUUCAAACGCUUUCUGUUGCAGAAGCGAGUAAGAAAGUAUGGACGUCCGGCUGUAUCGAAAUUGUUAGAUCUUGGACUGAACGCAACCUUUAUUUUAUCGCCGGGGUCGCUUUAGGUAUUGCCCUGUCUCAGCUGUUUGUAAUAUACCUAGCUAAAACCCUAGAAGGACAAAUAGAUUUGCAAAAAUCAAGAUGGGUUAGUUGAAAUAUGAUUUUUAAGAGAAUAGGAUCUACAGUGCAUUUGUGAGAUUUAUUAAUUAUAUGUAUGUUUGCCAGCAUAUUCUCGAUGGUAUAAUAAUACUUUAGUCUGUAUGUUAUAUAUUACUAUAUAACUAUUUGUACCGAAAAACUUCUUUUAUAUAAAGUUUUGUACUAACAUAGAAUAAUGAGUGGAUGGGUCUAACGUGAAUGUAAUUGUGGGGGUUCAAAGCCAGAAAUUGUUUCGCGUUCUCCACUCUGCGGUUCACUAUGGAACUUCAUAUUGAGACCCUACAUUUCUGACGCUUUGAUCUCGCACAGUAUGUGACUGCAGGAAUCCAUGAAUGGAAAAUAAAAUAAUGAUUAAUAGUACCGUUAUGAUUGUAAAUAUACUCGUCGAUAUUAUUUUAAAUGUCAAUUUUGUGCCGCAUCUUUUUUUUAUUCCCAUUGACUUUGUAUAAAUUUUGUGUAAAUUAUUUCAUGGAACAAUUAAUUUUCCUGUGGUAAUAUUCAAUAAUAAACACCCAAUAAUUUA